AUGGUCAGCCAUCACUUUAUGCAGCAAGAGCCUCUCACGAAUCCAACACACGAUAUCACUUCUCUCACCCCCAGUGCUUCGGAACAUUCUUUUCAAGAUGGCUUCCCUCGCGGCCCAGAUGGCAUCCGUAGCCUUGGAGCUUCGUCUGCCUCACCCCGCGGCGCCUCGUGCGGCAGCUCAGGCCUGCACCAUGCCGGAGUCCUCGACACCGAGCAGCUCGAUCAGCAGUUGCGCCGACUGAGCGGACAUAAAGAUGACGAUUCUGGGCGGCGCCCGACGCCUCCUAUAGCUGGUCAACGGGUACUUGAGUACGAGAACGCUUUAACCCCUUCGCAAUCGAAACAUUCGUCUGGGUUUAAGAUCUCGAACCGGACAAGUUCGCCGUCGACAGGAAUACAACUGAUGGAUCUUCCAAAUGAGACCUUGACCCAUAUCUUGUCGCACCUACACCCUGACUCACAUGCGGCCGUUGCGCUGGUCUCGAAGCGUCUUUACAGCCUGGUGACUACGCCUCAUGCUUGGCAGAUGGCUUUUAUGCGACAUUUCCCUGGCCAGAAAGUUGCCCAGGCGUCGUCCGCAACCAUCACCGGGCAGGACAAGGAGCUGGAUGACUCAGAUAGAAUUCGUUCCGAAUAUCGUCAGUUCACCCGCCUGACAGCAUUUGCCUCUUGGAGAAGCGAGUAUCUUCUCCGCACACGUCUACUACGAAGUGCAGCGAGAGGGAAACCAGGCGCAGUGGCCGGAGGUAUUGGUUCUUCGAUUCGAACAGGCCCCCAGAAACGCGCUAGCCCUGUCCUGACAUACAACUCGAAGCUUCCUUGGGUGGUCUCGAACAUCCAUGCUGUAUUCUCUUCAAGUGCCAAGAAGCCCCCGAAAGUUAUCCACGGAUCUGCAGAUCUCUGUGUUGGAACCCUAGGCGACCCUACUACUGGCAAAAUCGAGAGGUGGGGCCUGGACGACCACUUUUCAUUCUCACAGCUCGACGAAGUCUUCCCGAACCUCGAACCCUAUGGCGUCGAUGCCGGCCCUGCCGCCAGUCUCAAUGUCAUAGACGUUAGCGUACCCUACGGGAUUGUUGGUGGGGAGGGCUUCCCUGGCGGACGGCCUUAUUUCCGCCCCGUUGGGGAACCCAACGGCCGCUACCUAGCAACUCGGCCCGACGCUUCAGUCUUGUUUAUUCCCGACGACGUUCCCAAGAUCCCAGACAUGUUAGAGGGUGUAUGCUCUGUUUGGGUAGCCAAGUCUGCCGCAGUACCCUAUACGACGAGUUCCAUGAUUGGAAUCAUGACUGGGUCUACACUCGGCGUUGUGACAUCUUACUCUCUUGGCUACGAUUCAUCCGGCCCUCGUUACAGCAAGGGUGACAUGACAUGUCGAUGGGUCCUCAGUCCGGGUGUGCCUAUUAUCGGCCUGAAAAUCGACGAGAACUAUAGUCCAAAGCGUAAGGCGCUGAGACGUGUCUGGGCUGUUGCGUUGAACGCCCUGGGCGAGGUUUAUUACCUCGUGGAUACUCCGACGCCACCCAUCGUUAGACCAACGGUGGAAGAGAGCUUUGUAGUCGCUUGGCAGGCGGGACGAACAGUUGCCUGGGAACUGGUUGAAGUCACCAGACGGACCGCAAGAUCGGACGAACUAAGCAUGGACGAGGUGAUGGGUGCAUAUUCACCACGUACAUCGUCGACACAAAUGUCCCUUUCCAAAGCCCAGCUUGCUGCAGAAUGUCGGGAGAUCGAGACGUUUUUCCGAAAGACGCCGUCCGAUAUCAAGAAGGUCUGUGAGGGAUGGGACAUGCGUCGCAAGAUUGAGGUGGAUUUUGGUGGUGAUGACGGUGGCUAUGCUGGAGAGUCCGUGGUUGUCGUCACCCGCGGCUUAGAACCUGACCAGCCUGCGAAGCUCAUGAGGUUCACCCGUAAAUUGGCACCGGUCCCACGGGGAUCGGCUUCCACCCCUGAAGGUCUCCCAUCUAACCCCCAAGUCACCCCAUCGAAACCGCACUUAUCCAUCUUUGGUAACCCUAUCCACCUGGAAGCGCCCGAGACCACCUCUAGCGAUAGUGUCUUUUCAUUGAGCGGCAUUGAAGCCGGCGCUUCUUCGGCUGCUGGUAUGGAAGAUUGGUUUGCCACGCCUCUCUUCCUGGACACCAAGGGUCAGAAUGGUAUCGAAAUCACAUCAGUUGCUCUUGACAGCUCGAUUCACGCUCAGACUACACUUUUUGAGGAUUCCUGGAAGGCUGGUGUCUCUGGUGGCGUUGUCACAUCUACUUCUGGUGAUGGUGGGUCUCAAAACAAAAGUAAUGCUGGCGAACUACCUGGAAGGCGCGCCAGGAUGAUGGCCGCAGGGACCAGCUCAGGUGCCGUAAUGGUAUGGAAUGUGCGCGAAACGACAAGUGACGUUGUGCCAUUGGUCAGGUACAUCCAGACAGAGUCUCCCGAGGUCUCAAGCGUUGCGCUCUCGUCGCUAUACCUCGUCCAUGGAGGUAGUGACGGACUUGCGCAAGCUUGGGACAUCCUGGCCUCGAGUAUGGAGCCCAUCCGCACACUCAACUCGAGAGCCUCGGGUCGGUUGCCUAGGGCAAUCUUGAACGCCAACCCUAUGCUUCGAGAUGCGAAUCACACUGCAGUGGGAGCCAUCUACCUUGAUCCAGACCCGGCGGUUCCAAGGGGCAUACUGGCUUUUGGUACUUUCUUGCGUUACUGGACUUACAGUUCAGAAGGCGUUCAAAGUUCGGGCCGGAAGCGCAGGUCGCGUCACCACGCUGACGGGCAUCUUGCCAGCCGUCGCACCGGGGCCACUGUCAUGGACUAUAUUGCGCAUGAGGCCGCAGAGCUCCGGCGUGAGCAAGCUCACCGCGCCCGUGAGGAGGCGCGCCUUCGCAGUCGCUUUGGGGUUGGGCUGGGUGACCUCACCGAGGAAGAAGCAAUCCGAUAUGCUCAAAUGAUAUCCGAAGAAUCAUUCCAGUUGGAUGAGGACCUUCGACGGUUCGGCACGAGCGACGAGACCGGAUCUCUGUCUCAGUCUUCGUCACCGUCUGCAGAAGAUGCGGACACUGAGAUGGGCGGAGCAAUUUCGGUUGACAGCAGUCAAGCUGGCCACACCACAGGCACAUUGACCCCUGAGGCAACGUCAUCAAUGCAGUCUAUGUUGGCGUAUCGUCAGAGUCAGACAGAGGACCAUGACCCUGAUUAUGAGCGUCAGAUACAGCAAGCAAUGCGGCUUUCUUUGCUCGAGGCAGGAAUUAAUGAGGAGGGAAUGUCGCCUCGUGGCAGCAGCUCGGGCGAGUACGAAUUCCAGAUCAAGUACAAGCCGGGGAAGAAGGAAAGAGGGACCACCUCGAGAAGACCCUCCUCAAUCUCGCCGUCCGCCAGCCAAGUACGCAAACCUGCUUUCGUUCAGCCUGCUUCCGCUUCUAGCAACCAUCUCCUUGGUGGCAGCGGCGAUUUUGACGAAGAUUUGCAGUUGGCUCUUCGAUUGAGCCUCCAGGACGCAGCAGAGACUUCUGCUGAAUCUCAAGGCCAUCAAGCAUGGUUGGAAAGCCCUAACUGCAAGGAAGACGAGUUUCCGGCGCUGGAACCUAAGGGCAAAGGGAAGCGCAACGCAGCUUAG